AUGCCGAGUUUCAAGUGCAUUGUAGUUCUUGUGUCACUUCUGCAGCUGCUCAGUCAUGGAGAAACGAAAACGAUUGUGUUCAACUCCUACGCCACGGGGCCUUCUGCUCCUGGUGCUACGCUGCCAAAGGACGAAACCGAUGCCGCAGCGCGCCAAGAAACCAAGGGCGAAUCCUCUGGGAGGGCCUUCUCCAGCAGUGACAGUGUAAAUGGCUUCCCGUUUUCGAUACACCCCAAUUACCUAUCGAAACCCGUUCAAGUGGCACGGCCAGUAGACGGUGCGUACCAAACACCGAAAUACAUCUACCCAAGCUACUCGGACAGCAGCCGGCCGUAUUACGAUGGGCCAGUAGCGAUGGACCGAUUUGCUCCCGGGGAGGCAUACGGUGGAACGAUCUACAAGUUGAAGAAGCAAAAGCUAGCCCUCCAGCAGGGAGGCGGUGGAGGUCCGUUUGCGUCGAUUCCGGCCGCUUCGUUCAACAGUCCGGUCAGCGUUGUUGCACCGACCGUGUUACGACCGGCGGCCUCCGACAACAGUCCAGUUAACAUUCCUGCACCGCCUGGCCUAAGUUCGGGUGGUCCACCACCUUCACCAGCAAUGCCAUCUAUGGAUGGUCCACCCAGCCCGCCUAUCAGUGCCCCAACACCGAAUCCGAGUUCUGGUGAGGAUUCCUCGACAUCACAUCCACCCGGCCCGAUCGGUGCACAGAUGGAUUCUGCCGAGAUACUCCUUUCCCCACCCAACUCCCACACUGGCUACCUUCCGCCCGAUAAAAAGGCUUCGAAACCAGAUGCAUCGCUUUUUGUCCGAAAAUCAAAACCCUCCUCGACUGUCGAUUCUUUCCAUGCGAACGGGAACGACGAUUUAUUUAAAUUCCCUCCCAACGUUAACGACAGCUACCCGGUGCCUUUGGGGGUUCUAUCUAAAAAUCCGGUCACCAGCUAUCUUCCGCCACCGUCGGGAAACACCGAUUCCAGAGCGAAUGCAGAAUCUGAUACAUCCGCGAAUAAGGCGACUGCCGAGUUGUUCAAAUUUCCACCUAACGCACAUGCAGGAUACCUUCCACCGACCAGUACCGAUUCAAAGUCGCAUUCCGACACCAGUUACCUUCCUCCACCAUCGGGAGAUCCUAGUUCAUUGUCCAAUUUGAAAACAAUAGCUAAAGAUGCUCAGAUUCCUGGCCCAACACCUAAGGGAGAGCUCUUCAAGUUCCCGCCAAACACUGACGCGGCUUACUUGCCACCACCGCUAGAGUCUGGUGGCAGUUUGAAGCCACUCUCCGACACUAGUUAUCUUCCCCCGCCGUCUGGAGAUCCUAAUUCGUUGUCAAAUUUAAAAACAAUGUCCAAAGGUGCUCCGAUCCCCGGUAAGUCAGCGGCAAUACCUGCGGCAGAACUCUACAAGUUCCCACCGAACAGUAACGCCGCUUACUUGCCACCCUCGCCAGAUUCCUCCAAAAGCGUCGUCACUAGCUAUUUGCCACCACCUUCGGGUAACCCUAGUUCACCAGGGAUGUCGUCUGCGAUGGGGUCUGGUCCUGCCAGUGCCUUCAAGUUUCCACCCAAUACCAACGCCAACUAUUUGCCACCGGACGUCAUGAAAUUACCCAAGAGCCACGCCACAAGUUACCUGCCUCCUCCGUCCGGCAAUCCCAAUUCAAACUACUAUUUGCACCCUCCUCGGCCAUCUCCCGCCCAAUCCUACAUACCUCCGGCCAGUUUGUUCAAAUUUCCACCCAACAUAAACUCGCAAUAUCUGCCAGCAAACAACAGUCCUCCCAGACCGAACAACGCUGUGACCAGCUAUCUUCCUCCUGCUUCCGGCAUUCCAGGUGAUGAUACCGCCGGAACUAUCCCGGUCGGACCGGGAAAGCCGCAGUAUCUGCCUCCCUACUAUGCUGACAGUCGACCACCGCCACCGCCACCAGCUCCAAUGAAAAUGCCCACAAUGCCAAUGAUGCCAAUGAUGCCGCCUCCAAACAUGCCCAUGGAUGGCCCACCGACAGGACCGACCGGAAUGGAUCAUGACCACGAUCACCAUCAUCAUCACGACUUUCCUUACUUGAGCGGAUUCGAUCAUGACCACUAUCCGGACAUCAUAUACGAUCACGAUCACGAUCACUUUCACCAUCAUCACGAUGAGCCAACCACAACACCGGCUCCACCACCACCACCGCCACCGCCGGUACCGGAAACACCGCGUCUCAAGAACUACAGCUACUACUACAUCAGUCGUACGCUGUGGUACGUGCCACUGUACUUUACCCUCUACUUCUGCUUCUACGUUACGGCGCUGAUCCUUCGGUCGAUUGCCAGACACAAGGUCAACAUUCCUAACGAAUGGACCUCCAACCAACGUUCACUCUCCAGCCUGGCGGACCUCAGCGAUGCACAAACCCGCCAGAAGGCUACUAUGUUAGCCACUUUUACGAUGAAACAGAUCGAAGAUUUCAGGGAGAAGUACUUGUAG